AGUCAUUGGUCUCUAGUGGAUAGUGUGAGUCUCUUCUAUGAUUCGCCGUUGCGCUGUUCGUCGACUGUCAGCAUGUUGAAGACACGACAAUGUUUACUUGGGAUUCGCACUUUUCUUGGAGUGACGUCUAGAAUAUGGAGUUUCAUUUUAUACAUCCUCAGGAAGCAUCUACGAACGAUAAUCCAGUACCAAACAGUGCGUUAUGACACAUUACCUCUCUCCCCUAUUUCCAGAAACAGACUCAAUGCGGUGAAGAGGAAGAUACUGGUGUUGGAUCUGGAUGAGACUUUAAUUCACUCUCACCAUGAUGGCGUUCUUAGACCUACAGUGAGGCCUGGUACACCGCCAGACUUUAUCCUCAAGGUGGUAAUAGACAAACACCCAGUCAGGUUUUUUGUCCAUAAAAGGCCGCAUGUCGACUUCUUUCUAGAAGUGGUUAGUCAGUGGUAUGAGCUGGUAGUAUUUACAGCUAGUAUGGAGAUAUAUGGAUCGGCUGUAGCAGAUAAGCUGGAUAACAACAGGGAUAUUCUCAAAAGAAGAUACUACAGACAGCACUGUACUUUGGAUUUAGGGAGCUACACAAAAGAUCUGUCUGUAGUACACAGUGAUCUCUCCAGUAUAGUCAUUCUGGACAAUUCGCCUGGAGCUUAUCGAAGUCACCCAGACAAUGCAAUACCUAUAAAGUCGUGGUUCAGUGACCCAAGCGACACAGCACUUCUUAACCUGCUCCCAAUGUUGGAUGCAUUGAGGUUUACCUCAGACGUUCGUUCCGUCCUCAGUCGAAAUCUCCACCGGCAUCAGAUUUGGUGAUCGUAUCUGUCAGGGCCAGUCUCUCUUCUGGUCGCCGUCUGGUGUUUUACAUGGCUCUGCCCGCUAAGUGUUAGCCUCUCCUGCGCUGGAACUGUCAGCCUCUCGUCAUCGUGAGCUCCCAUUAGUCAUAUGGACUCCUCUGAGGAAAUGCUAAGAGAAGACAUGGGAGGACAGAAAGGAGAGGCACAUGAUGAAGAAGCGAUUACAAAUAAACUCAAGGCAAAUGGAGAGGCCAGCAUUUUUUUUUUCUUGUUAUUUUUUUUCUUAAAAGAUGGAAACUCUGCCUUACAGUUGUUGCAUUCAACAUAUGCAUGAUGGAGUGUUUCUGAGUGAAUGGGGGAGAAGCUUCUGAUUCCAAUUUUACCAUUUAUUUUUUGGGGGGGCAAAUGAAUCAGUGAACGGAUUGUAACUACCAGUCACUUCAUAAGCACUUAUUCCCCCCUUCCUCAAUGUCUGUGUUGGUCUUUUUAGUUUCGUAUGACCUUAGCACAAAUGGUCUCAUGUUCUUAUCUACUCAUUCUCUCUCUAAGAUUCUGUCCUUCCUCUCUCCUUUGUUUUUUUCUGUCUGCCAUCUCAGGUAUCUGGGCCUCUUCUCUAUGUUAAGAGCUGAGAGCUGUUAAUACCGUUGUACUAAUAGUAUACUGUGGUAGAGAUAAAUGUACGAUCAGCAGGAGAGAAAACUACAGUUCAUUAUUACAGCUUAUGGUAUUAAUUUUCUGUGUAUUUUUAAAUGGCUCAUAUGUGAAACCUCUGGUUAAAUCAGAGAUGUUUUCAAGGACGCAUUUUUAGAUGCUCUUCGAUAUGGAUACAUCAGCCACUGAGAGAGACACUGAGCAACAAGGACUCUUCUUUAACAGAAAAAUAAAAUAGAGCCUUUUGUCAACAAUUGAAAUGAUGGUUUCUUCCACUUUUUGGGGGGUAUUUAAUUUAGAUUGGCUGAACUUUGUAAAGUAU